AUGUAAAAAUUAAUAGUUGAUUUAAAAAAUAUUGAAUCAUAAAACUAGAAUUAAGAAUCAAAGCUCAAGAAGUUAUUUCUAGAAUUUGAUGAAAUCUUCAAUAAACAAUAAAAUAUUCUUAAUCCAAAAAACACAAAAUCAAAUUUACUUUAAGGGAUAAGACCUGAACUUUUUGCAUUAAUCUUAGAGUUUUUGGAUUUGAAGACCUGCUUUAGAUUUCGAUUAGUGAAUGGAUAUACAAAUGUAUGUGUUAUUAAAUCGUUACAUUAAAAAAUAAAGCAUUUAAAUGAUUAAUCAAAAUAUUUAGAAAAUGAGUUAAAUGAAAUACAAAACAAAUAUUCACAAGAUAUAAUGAAUUAAGACUUAUAGAUAACAAGACAAAAUGCCUAUGAUAGAUUGAGUUAAUUAGAUAAAGCAGGAAUUGCUGAAAUAAGAAUGUAUUCGAGACCACCAGAAAUGGUAGUAAAAGUAAUUUCAUUAAUUUGUAUCCUUUUGGAUCCAAAUAUUAAAUAAUAUUAAGAAAAUUGGUCAAAUUGCUAAAAGAUUCUGAAAGAUUGUUAAAACUUAUUGAAUUAGCUAUUACAAUUAGAAAUAGAUAAUAUUUCGGAUUCCUAAUUAAAGUUACUUUAAGCCAUCCAUAAUGUUCAAGCUUAAUAACUUUAGAAUAUAUCAUCAAGUUGCUACAGCAUUUAUCUAUAUUUAUAAUCAAUUGUUGAAAUAAGAGAAUCUAAAUAUUACAUUGUUAAGAAUCAAAAAUUAAAUUUGGAGAAAUAAAUUAAAUUAAAGUCAAAUCUAAUUGAAAAAUUAUAAUCAAUAUCAAAAUGA